AUGGCCGACUCUAACCCAUCCACCCCGGACGUCGAUGGCGAUUCCGACACCGUCUUCGACAGCCCUUCACCCUCUCCUGCACUGUCUUCUCCUCCUGCGCCCUCUAGCCCCAAGGCCGACGCCGAUGCCUCCCUGUCCGCCGACCGCCCCCCACCGCGAACCGCAUCCACCACAGGCGCGACGGCCAACAUGACGUCUUCGUCAACACCACUAGGCAACAUCAAUGCUGCGAGAAAUCCACGCCCUGCAAACCCCCCUACCAUCUCCAGCAGAGGCAGCGGUCUCAACGUUUCUCAAGACAUCCUGGCCAGGAUACAGGCAGUCCAUCUUGGCCGGAAAGGCGCCCCGCCAACCGGCUUGCCAGGAAGAGGGCCUCCGCCCCAGAGCCCUGGCCCGUCGCCCAACAGCAAUAAUCCAAUGUCACCAGGCGGAAACUUGGGAGGCGUACCUGGUAACUUCCGAAUGCCAGCCAGACCACCGACAACCAACUUCCAAUCAGCCCCAGCCGUCCCCGGCCGCGCAGGCGCUCCCAAGGCCUCCAUGGCCGAACGGCGUGGCAUGAAUCUAGGUGGCUUUCCGGGCGCGUCUCCCCCGGGUGCUCCUGCUGGCAGGAAGAAGCCGGGCCUGACGCUCUCGCAAAUGAACGGAGACAAGCCCCAAGAUUCAGCAGAGCCGCGCAAGCAAGAAACCCAUUUUGACAAGUUUUCCCAGUUUGUCGAUACCAAGACUGGCAGUCUCAAGUUCGCGGGCAAGGCUAUACUGAACUCGGACGGUGUACAAUUCGCUAGCGGCUCCUCCUUCAACAUCUCGCUAGACGAAGUCGAUACGCUAGACGAACUUGGCAAGGGCAACUAUGGCACAGUAUACAAGGUCAGGCAUAGCAGACCGCGGAUGCGAAAACCGGGACAGGGCCUCGCAGGAAACAAGGCUGCGCCAGGCUCACCGUCGCGAAAGAACUUUGAUGAAGAACCGAGUCCCAACGGCGUACCUGCCGCAGGUACUGGCAUCAUCAUGGCAAUGAAAGAGGUCCGGCUUGAAUUGGACGACUCCAAGUUUGCUGCUAUCAUCAUGGAGCUGGAUGUCCUCCAUCGCUGUAUAUCACCAUUCAUCGUCGACUUCUACGGCGCCUUCUUCCAAGAAGGUGCUGUGUACAUCUGCAUGGAGUUCAUGGACGGUGGUUCGAUAGACAAGCUUUACGCCGACGGUGUGCCCGAGGGUGUGCUGCGGAAAAUAACAAUGGCCACGACUAUGGGUUUAAAGUCGUUGAAGGAUGAACACAACAUUAUUCACCGCGACGUCAAGCCCACCAACAUCCUGAUGAACACGAAAGGGCAGAUCAAGAUCUGUGAUUUCGGUGUCAGCGGCAACUUGGUGGCCAGUAUUGCCAAGACCAACAUUGGAUGCCAAAGCUACAUGGCGCCCGAGAGGAUAUCUUCUGGCGGCAUUGCGCAAGCAGGCGCUAACCCCGGAGGCGGCACAUAUAGCGUCCAAAGUGACAUCUGGAGUCUCGGACUGACGAUAAUCGAGUGCGCUCUGGGACGAUAUCCCUAUCCCCCAGAAACGUACAACAACAUCUUCAGUCAGCUCAGCGCAAUUGUCGAUGGCGAGCCGCCGGAUCUACCUGCAGAAGGAUACUCUGAUGCAGCGCGGAACUUUGUACGCGGAUGCUUGAACAAGAUCCCCAAUCUCCGACCCACAUACGCCAUGUUGCUUCAACAUGCGUGGCUUGCACCUCUCGCCAAGCCAGACACAAUCACAGAAGAGGAAGAGGAAGAGGAAGAAGUGGAAGCUGCAAAUGAAGCAGCUAGUGGUGAAGCAGCUGGCGACCAGGGCCCCGCCGAAGCAAUUGACAUGGUAGAAGACAAGGAAGUAGCGGACUGGGUAAAAGCCGCAAUUGAUAAGAGGAGGAGUGGUAAAAUGAAGGGCGCGGAAAAGCCGGCUCUGCAUGCCGCGCCUUUGGAUGCAUCGGUCCAAAGCCCUUCGCCAAACGGUACGAAUGGACUGGAAACUGCCGAAGUUGCUGCAUAAGAUGUUGGUCUUGUUAUCAUCUUUUGGCUGGACCUGAGGUGACAAAUACUCUUGAACUCUUCCCUGAGCAGCCUUUGGCUCCUGCUGAAUCUGCAGGCCAUGGAGGCGGCGAUGUGUGCAUACUCUUUUUACGGCGUUCAACUGGCUUAUUGUAAGGAAUAGCUGGCAUGGAGCGUUGAAGUCGGGCAUUGGAAGCGGUGGAAGACACUUGUACUUAGUAUAGCAUGCACCCUGAACAGUCGGUGUUCAGAUGUAGUGAUAUUGACUCUGUGGAUGGCGA